AUGCCGAAGAUCGCGGGAGCGAUGGAGGAGUUUAUGGAAGAGGCCAAUAAGUCUUUGGUGGACGCUCAUUACGCGUUGGUUAGCUUCCGUGACAAGCCUUACUCUUAUUUGGGUGACCCAUAUGAAGAUUACUGUUAUCGUGAGGAGACAUCUCUGGAGUCAGAUGUGACCAAGUUGUCGGCGACGUAUGAGGCCCUGGACGGCAAUUACGGAGCGGAUGAGCCUGAGGCGUCGCUGGAGGCGUUGAUAGACGCGAUGGUCAGUCGUACUUUGGGCUGGAGGUCUGAGUCAAGCAAAGUCCUGAUUCUUAACACAGACGCCACCCCACAUGACCCAAAUGACUACAUCAUUUACAACGGCGUUUACGACCCCUCCUGGCCCAUUGCGUCGCCCGUGCCACCCCCUCAGUACAUGCCCGUCUAUCCAAACGACCCCGACAACUACAGCUCAGACAUACUCUGCAAAGAAUAUGAGUACCCCGACUACGCACAGGCUGCCAACGUUACGCAGACGUACGGAGCCAAAGUGCUUUUUAUUCUGCCAUCCGACGUCUCCAGCACAGUCGUGAACAAGUGGCAGGAAAUCAACAAGGUGCUGGAACAGCCCGACCAUUACGUCCUGCAAAUGGACGUCGAUCAACCUGACGCGACAGUGAAGCAACUGUUGGAACUUCUGCCAGAGCUGCUCAGCUCCUCGUGCUCUACACCAACACCCGAAACAACUGCGGCUCCAGUAACUGAAGCGGAAACCACAGCGGAGACGGAGGAGGGCAAGACCAUGCCUGCAACGGACCCGGUGCAACUGACUACACAAGAGGUGGCGUUGGAGACUACACAAGAGGUGGCGUUGGAGACUACACAAGAGGUGGCGUUGGAGACUACACAAGAGGUGGCGUUGGAGACUACACAAGAGGUGGCGUUGGAGACCACAGAACCUGAAACUACGGAGGAACAACAGGAGACCACGCCGGACACCACCACCGCCGAGUGCAGAACUACAACCACCACACCCGGAGAGUGCAGACCCACCGAGACCACGGCGUGCCAGGUGGCCACGACCUACGAGUGCAAGCCCCAAACCGUCCCGGGCGAGUGCGAAGAUCGUCCAGCCAACGCAGACCACCAAGUCAUCAAGUUGAUCCUACUUCCUUCUAACUAG